AUGGUAGCACAGAAAAUUUCGUGGGAGUCCAUUCAGGGGAAAGAGCAUCCUACUUUGUCGUUAGCGUAUGUCAGCAACGGCCACGUCUUUACCUCAGGAAUCAUCGGCUCCAACUACGGAACCGGUGAAACGCCAGAGAAAGUAGAAGAUCAAGUGCACUUGGCCCUCAAAAAUUUGAGUGAUACCCUAGCUGCAGCUGGCGCUUCCCUGGACAAAGUAUUCAAAGUCACAAUGUUUAUAUCUCACGCGGACUAUUCCAAGAGUGUCAACGAGAUAUAUGCUACAUAUUUCCCUCAAAAGCCAGCACGGAGCUGCGUUAUAGUUGCCUUCAUGGACGCUGCUAUAAAGUAUGAGAUUGAAGCCAUAGCCACGUUAGAUUAA